AUGAAGGUACUGUUCUGUGUGGUGCUACUGGCAGCGCUGGCAGCGGGGGAGGAGAAGACGGAUGAGAAGUCUGUAGGUAAAGAAGAUAAGAUAGAAGACAAGAAGCAGCCGGAGAAGAGAGGACUGUACGACUUCGGAGGAAGCUACGGAGGCUACAGCCACGGAGAUCACCACGUCAAGACGAUCACCAUCACCAAAGAAGUACCUGUGCCUUACCCGGUCACCGUCGAGAAGAAAGUUCCGUACCCCGUUAAAGUCCCGGUGGAUAGACCCUACCCCGUUCACAUCCCAAAACCUUACCCCGUCACUGUCGAGAAGCGCGUACCCUACCCUGUCAAGGAGUACGUCCCUCAACCUUACCCGGUCUACAAGAAAGUUCCGGUUCCUGUUAAAGUUCCAGUUGACCGACCUUACCCCGUGCAUGUCCCAAAGCCUUACCCCGUGGUCGUGGAGAAAAAGGUUCCCUACCCGGUGGAGAAGCAUGUCCCGUACCCUGUGAAGGUCCCGGUUGACCGUCCGUACCCGGUGCAUGUCCCGGUGAUCAAGCACGUGCCUUACCCCGUGGAGAAGAAGGUGCCUUACCCCGUCAAAGUACCUGUGGAGAAGCCUUAUCCCGUGCCUGUGCCCAAGCCUUACCCCGUCAUCGUCGAGAAGAAGGUACCCGUGCCUGUAGAGAAGCCCGUGCCUUACCCAGUCAAGGUGCCUGUCUACGUCCACGAGCCCAAGCAUGAGAGUUUCAGUCACCACGAAUCCUCUGGACAUGAAGAACACUACUGAGCCCACGUUGUAUGUAUAAACAAUAAAUUAUUUAUUUAUAA